CCCCUGCCGGCCCUCCCCGAUCCUCGCAGCCUCGCAUCCCCGGUCCCCGCGCCCGCGCCGCCGUUGGUCCAGCAGGCUCGAGCCGUCUUUCCCCUGGCCGCCAUGCGCCCUCUCUGAGAGAAGCGCCCCCGCCUGGCGAGCGAUGGGCGGCACGUGCCAGUCGAAGGCGGCGGCUGAGGAAGGCGUCGAGCACCUGCCGGUGCCAACGGCCUCUGCUGCCAAGGCCAAGGAACAGCAGGACAAUGAGGAGAGAAGGACGGACUCCGAGACGAAGGCGAUGCUAGACAAGCACAGGUCGAAGAGCUUCUGGUCAGGGCUGGAUCUCGACGGGCACAGCGACGAACACUCGCUUGAAUGGCUCAACGCCAUCAUCCAGCUGGUCUAUCCGCGCUUCAACAAGGCCAUGCAGGCCGACGUCCUUCCGAUGGUGCAGCAGGAGGUGACCUCCAAGGCCCAGGCCCUGUCCGGCGUCAGCGCCAUCACGAUCACGAGCUUCGACUUUGGCGAGACUCCGCCGGUGGUGGGACCGCUGGACGUGUCCAGGCGCAGCGUGCUGACGGGCUCCGGGCAGGCGGCGCCUGCCAAGAUGCAGUGGGAGUCGAAUUGCAACAUCAACAUGAAAGUCUCGACCCGCGUCAAGGAGUUCACGAUGGGCUUGACCAAGCUGAGCGAAGGUCACGUCGCUCGGUGGGCCCAGGGCCCCGAAGGUCCCAGGCGCCAUGUCAUGCCCAACGGUGCCGGAAAGGGCCAGCAGCAUGUUCUGCGCGACAAGGACCUUGUGAUCGCGCGUCUCUCCAAGGCCCUGCAAGAAUCCAAGGGGGCCCGGUCUCGUGGCGCCCAGGCGCUGCGACCUGAGGCCGAAGGUGAUGGCCCCGACCAGACGCGCUUGGCCGAGAUCGCGGUGUCGCCCCGCCAGCUUGGUUUGCCCGCGGACAGGGAGCGCGACGGGAUCAAAGGUGGGCUGGUCUCCAGCAAGCCGCGCGCCGCCCGGGCGCAGCACUGGGCGACCAGGGUCGGCGCGCUCCGGGGCCGGAUGGACAAGCGGGACCAGGCCACCAAAAGCAUCAAGCAGCAGCGGGCUGAGGUCGCCCAGGAGUUGCAGGAGGCCCGCCGGGUGGCGCGAGUGUUGGCCAAUGAGUGGGCUGAGCUGGAGGUUCAUCGACGCAGUUGCUACGAGACCUUGGUUCCCGCUCUCGACCUACCUGUUGGAAAGCUGGGGGACUUGUUGGCGCCGGCUGGGGCCGAUGGCAUGCUCCGGGCUAGCGUCGCGAAGUCGUUCGAGGCCCUGCGUGACCUCGAGAAGAAGGCUGAGGGGGGCCGCUCUGCGAGCUCUGGUGCCCAGCUGCCACCGCCGCGGCAGCGCGUGCCUUCGCGAGAGGGGCGUGUGACAGCGGACGCGACGGCGGUGCCAAUGGGCGCGGGCGAUUUGGAAGAGCUCGACGCCUUCCACCGCGAGUUCUUGGACUCGGGGCCAUUGCAGGAGGAGGGGCAGAUCAUGGCGGCCGUCAAGCACUGGGCCACCGCCGCGGAUAAUGCGAAGCGGCAGCGAAAGACAGCGCGAGAACAUGCAGCAGCCGCUGGAGCAGCUUCAGCAUGA